AUGCGCGGCGGCCCCGCCCGGCCGGGAUUGACCCGGGAUUCACUCGGGAUUCGGAACAGGACCGGGAAAAGGGCCCUGCCCAGAUGCGUCACCGGGCACAUCCCACCCACGGCAGAAGCCAUGAAUUCCAGAAAGCCAUCCUUAGAAACAAGGAGAGUUUUCCCUGCUGCCAAAGCCCCGAGCCAGCAGCCAUCCCAUAUCCUGGUGGUGGAUGUCACCUCCCCUUCCUGGGCCAACACUUGCUCCGUGCUCUCCGAGGCUCUGGGGAACAUUCUGUGCCUGGCGUGUGCUCUGGGAGGGCCCUGCCGUGUGCCCCUGCUCAGCCUCUACGUGGUGCAACCUCAGCAGGAGUGUCUGCUGCCCUUCACGCAAGUGAAAGAAAACUUUGCCCGAAUCCAAGGCUGCCUUUCGGAGCUGCGCUCGCUGCCGGCCGAAGGCUGCUUUCCCCAGGGGGGGAACGGCGUGGUGCAAGCUGUGCAGGAUGGAUUGCAACAAUUCAAGCAGUACAGCAGGCACACAGCAGCAGGAGGCUCAGCAAACAGCUCUGUUGAGAUCACAAUUUUGACCAGCMAUCCCAGCAAAGAACUGGUCAAGCAGCUGGAAAAGAAGCUACAAGAUGUAGAUCUUGUGAGUCUGCGAAGAAUUCAGGUCAUUGAGGUUCUGAAGAGGGAUUUCCUGGAGCCUGAGGAUGUGGAGCAGUGUGUGCCAGCAGAGGAGCCCAGUGAYWUGGCAAUCCUGGGAAUGGACAUCGAGGUACAGACAGUGGAGGACAAUGUCAUCAGCCUGGAGAUGCUGUUCAAAACGUGGCUCCAUGACCACGGCACUGAGAGGGAACAGCUCCACCUCCUCCUUCCCUCAGGAAGCUUUGGCCACGCUGCUGCACCCAAGAACACCUUAAUGUGCCUGAAGUGUGAUUUGCAGGAGAGGCUGCUGGACCCAGCCCAGCUUUUGGGGCCAGCUGAAGGCACUGGGAGAGCAGCAGAUCCCAAUUGUCCCUGGCACCUGGCAGCCUGGCCACCCCCAGCACUGCACAAACUCCGGGUGAUCAAGGCUCUGAAGUCUGAAGGGGUCUGUGAGUCUGUACUCUAYGGGCUGCCCUUCAUCAUCAAGCCCACGAGCUGCUGGCAGCUGGACUGGGAUGAACUGGAGACAAACCAGCACAGCUUCCAUGCUCUGUGUCACAGCCUCCUGAAAAGGAAGUGGAUGCUGCUGGCCAGGGGGGAGCCCCAGAACGCUGCUCCAAACUGGAACGUCGUGGUGCAUCCCUAUUACAUCAUCAUCCCCUCCGACUCGGCCACUCUGCUGGUCAAAGCAGUGGCCAUCAGAGAGCUCCUGCUGCCAUCAGCCUUCCCAGCMCUGCUGGCUGAGCACCCCGAGAGAGUCCGGGGCCCCAUCGAGAGCGCCCUGAACAACUUGGAAGUGGAAGUUGCUUACAACCCCUUGCACCUGAAGAGCAACCUCUACAAACACCUGAAGAGCUCUUUGUACAAACCCCCGCAGCGGCAGCAGCCCCAGCCCCGGGAGCUGCGCCCGGAGCGGCAGCACCAGCCCAGGCAGCCUCCGAGCAGAGCCAAAGCUGCAGUGGCUCCYCUGCUGAUGGCUCCCUCUCCCCUCCAAACGUUCAGACCAGCAGCAGCAGCCAGGAGAGGCUCCUGCGAGGGCUCCCUGCUCCCCAAGGAGUACGAGGAGUUCCUGCAGUGAGCACCAGGAGCUGCCCCCGUGCAGCCACAGCUCCGGGCUCAGCUGCAGAGGGCCGGAUGUGGUCAGGCAAGACACCGAGCUUGGCCUUGGUCAGACAGGCACUUCCCAUCGUUUGUUCCUCCUCGUUGUUGUUUCACGGUUGUGUUCGUCACCRAGCCAGUUCUGCAGGAAGUUUGCUGCUCUGGGACCCUCUGUCCYGAGAUCCAGCUGUCCCCUGCAGCAGCAGCACCGCGAAUUUCCUGUUCUUGGCGGCACACGUCACCAGCCUGCCUGAAAUUUGGGUUUCUCAGAGUGGCCUAGCAGGGGCCACAAGCCACAGACUGCUGUCAGUGGGAAGAGAAGAGCUGCAGGCAGGGCAGGGAGGAAAUCAGACAGACRAGGAAGGCAGCAGUGCUGAGCUGCCCUCAUCCCACAGCAGCAGGUUCAGUGGGGUGUUUGAAUAAAGAUGAAACAGGRCUCUGGAAUUUCAUCUUAAAGCCUGGAGUUCUGCUCUCCCAGGUGRUUUGGUUGCUUCCCAGGUUGACCUCGCUGUCCAACACCCCAGCUCAUGAAGGGAGUUGUAGCAAGGGCCAAGCCAGGGCAAUUCCAGAGAAUUCCUGCCCAGAUUCCAGCCUGGUUUUCAGUGCAGGUUGUAGGGYCAGGGGCAGAUCAACCAAGCCAAGGUGGGGUGAUCUCACUGACACCCUGAUGCCAGCACAGUUUGUGUUCUACUUACUGGUUCUGAAAGCUGUUUCAAAAUAAAGUUAUCCUGCAUUAAGUUCCCUUUCUGCCUGUGGUUUCUGACAUGUCCAGCACUGCUAU